AGACUUGGAAGAGCUGCGUUGAUAAACCUCGUCCCUCUUUGUGCGGGUGGCCGAUUCAACCAAAUCGCACAUGUUCUUUCAAGUCGGCCAGAUAACUAUCUCACUUUGCAUAAAUGCAUCGGUCUGGUUUUCAUCAUUGAAGCUUCUCUACACUCCAUUCUCUCAUGGCUGCGUGGCGAUAUUGAUCUCAGAAGUUGGCCAGAUAAAGCUGGUUUAGUUGUGAUUGGUGCACUCGUAUUAUUGUCAAUUCCUGUUCUAUGGAAAUGGAUGUACGAGCCUUUAUCAAUAUUACACCUCGCUCUUUCAGCCACAAUGAUCACUAGUCUCUGGUUUCAUCUACCAUCAGCAAGCAUAACACAGAUCCCUAGGCUCUACCUUAUUCUCGCAAUAUCGAUCUUUGCGUUGAUCAAGUUAAUAUUCUUUUUAAAACUCCUUUUUCUCAACGUCUCAACCGAACUUAUUUCUACCGCUACUAUUCAGCAGGUUGGGGAGAAUGGCAUAGAAGUCCGGGUGACUAUGCCGCGACCCUUAAGGUUUCGUGCCGGCCAGUUCGUGUUCUUAAGUAUUCCACGACUUGCCUUGUUCCAAUAUCAUCCUUUCCAAGUGGCCUGGGAGUACCUAAGUGACAAAAGUGAUGGCGGACGACAGGUAAUUGUGAUUAUCAUCCAGCCUCGUCAUGGUUUCACUAGUCGACUUCGUCUGGCGGUUCCUUUCAAAAGAUACACAGCCCUUGUAGAAGGGCCAUACGGAAACCCUACCAAACUUGAUCAAUACGGAACUGUUUUACUCUUCGCUACAGGGAUUGGCAUUGCGGGGCAACUGCCAUAUAUGAAUGAGCAACUACGAUUGUAUAGAGAAUGGCGAACGAAAACCCGGAGACAUGUGCUGUAUUGGGAAAUUGAUGCCGAAGGU